AUGGCUGACCGAAACCCAGAAGACUAUGAGUCUGAGAAGAGAGAUGAACUUCAAGAUGACUUCCUCGAAGCCCAAGAAGAUUUCAAGAGGAUGGGCAAAACAGCUCAAGAAAGACACCAGUCUAUACUAUCAAACGGCCACCAGAUGAGGAAUUGGAAUGUCAACACCUACACUGAAUUCCAAAAGCUGUCACCUAGCAGCCAAGAGUACGCCUGGUCAAUGUUGAAAGCCAUUAUGAAGGACUACCUCAUCGUCAGUCAAGCUUCUGAUGCUACUAUUGCAGAGCGAAAUGAUGCUAUUCUACAGCUCCAAGAAGAAAUUCAAGACAAGGAUGAAAAGAUUACUGAACUGCAAGGCAUUCAAAAAUAUCUUGAGAAUACAGCUCCUAUUUGCAAUGCAGCACCUCGCCAGUCUGCUCGCAUUCCGGAUCCUCCUAUUCUUACAGAUGGGAUUGAAUCAGCUUUUGAAGACUGGGUUGUGAAGAUCCGACUCAAGCUGGAAGCCAACAUCGACCACUUCCCAAAUGACAAGAUGCAGAUGAGUUAUCUCCAAAGCAGACUAGGAGGACUCGCAUGA